AUGGGGGAGUAUGGACCUGUUAGUGAGGCUAACAGACUAUCCUACCAGGGAACUAUGGGGGAGUAUGGACCUGUUAGUGAGGCUAACAGACUGUCCUACCAGGGGAACUAUGGGGAGUAUGGACCUGUUAGUGAGGCUAACAGACUACCUACCAGGGGAACUAUGGGGAGUAUGGACCUGUUAGUGAGGCUAACAGACUAUCCUACCAGGGGAACUAUGGGGGAGUAUGGACCUGACGGCUCAGCUCCCCAACUAUGGGGAGUGGCCUGUUAGUGACUAGACUAUCCUACCAGGGGAACUAUGGGGGAGUAUGGACCUGUUAGUGAGGCUAACAGACUAUCCUACAGGGAACUAUGGGGGAGUAUGGACCUGUUAUGAGGCUAACAGACUAUCCUACCAGGGAACUAUGGGGGAGUAUGGACCUGUUAUUGAGGCUAACAGACUUCCUACCAGGGGAACUAUGGGGGAGUAUGGACCUGUUAGUGAGGCUAACAGACUAUCCUACCAGGGGAACUAUGGGGGAGUAUGGACCUGUUAGUGAGGCUAACAGACUAUCCUACCAGGGGAACUAUGGGGGAGUAUGGACCUGUUAGUGAGGCUAACAGACUAUCCUACCAGGGGAAAUAUGGGGGAGUAUGGACCUGUUAGUGAGGCUAACAGACUAUCCUACCAGGGGAACUAUGGGGGAGUAUGGACCUGUUAGUGAGGCUAACAGACUAUCCUACCAGGGGAACUAUGGGGGAGUAUGGACCUGUUAGUGAGGCUAACAGCCUAUCCUACCAGGGGAACUAUGGGGGAGUAUGGACCUGUUAGUGAGGCUAACAGACUAACCUACCAGGGGAACUAUGGGGGAGUAUGGACCUGUUAGUGAGGCUAACAGACUAUCCUACCAGGGGAACUAUGGGGGAGUAUGAAAUGAACCGUCCUCCGGCCCCCUCUCUACUGUAGGUCUCUCCUCUGCCAUAACCGAUCUCAGUCCUCUUUAAAGUGAACUCUGGGGUAAAAUAAAGAAGCUAAAGAACUCAGUUCUGUUUGUGUUCACACUGCCCUUGCCUUUGAAUGAGGACCCAACUAUUUUGCCAGUUCACUUCAACUAUUUUGUGGACCGAGUCCUCUUUGCAUUCACAUUGCUAUGUUUAGAACAGAACCAAGAUCUGGUCCUCUGUAGCUCAAUUGGUAGAGCAUGGCGCUUGUAACGCCAGGGUAGUGGGUUCGAUUCCCAGGACCACCCAUACGUAAAAAUGAAUGCACACAUGACUGUAAGUCGCUUUGGAUAAAAGCGUCUGCUAAAUGGCAUAUUAUUAUAUAUAUUAUAAGAUAUUUUUCCAACAUGCACUCUGGGUUUUUGCAAAGUGCAGGACAAGCCAUUCAAUCAGAAUGUGUUAUUGGACAGCUAGAUAUACCUACUUACAUUUUGGAAGCUAAUAGAUUGCAUUUAGUUAAAAUAUGAGACAUAAUAAUUGUAAUCAGAAGAUUCUAUUAACAUAUACAUUUGAUUGGUAACUGAAUAAAUACCAAUAGAAUAACUGCAGAAUAUUUAAUGCUGUAAUUGAAAAUUGUACACCCAAUGUAGGCUACUGUCCCUUUAAGAGAUAGAAUAGAUUUUGUACCCUAUGUUGUGAUUCUCACAAACUAUGUUGUCUUCUCACACUGUUCAAACCCCACAAUUAAUAAACAGCUUAUGAAGCUCUCUUAGCCUAUAGAUCACAUAUUGCAAACAAAUAAUCUGAACUAAAAACUUCACACAUUUUGGCAUUUCUGUGUGUCCUUGACAAUCACUAAUAAAUAUCAAAAAACAGCAACAACAAAAAAUUCCACUGACCUGCACAUCAUCUUCUCUCUUUUGUGGCACCAAUGUGAGGGUUUAUGCCAGGGGGAACGGUGUUGCAGUAGUCUAGUGUGUGGUGCGGGAAUAAUGACAAGUGGACCUGGGGAGCUUUGUGUUCACAUUGCCCUAAAAAAUGGAACCGGACCGCGGAAUUCAAGCGAACCGAACUCAGACCACCUUUCGAGAUGAUCUCGGUUUGAUUCGCUUCGGUGGCUCUUUUUAGGGGUCUGAGUUCUGUUGGAGUGUUCACAUGGCACAAAAAAUUAAGCAACCCACACUGAGUUCACAAAACUUGUCUGAAAGGGACCAAGUGUGAAAACCCCCUUAGACAUAGCGAUCUGAGGAGAUAAAAGAAAGAGAGAAACAGACCCAAAAAGCAGAAUUUUCCCAUUUUUUGCUAUUCACAAUGGACACAUAUACUGUGUGAGAUCAAAGGCAGAGCAAGGGGAAGACAGAGAGAGAGAGAGAGAGAGAGAGAGAGAGAGAGAGAGAGAGAGAGAGAGAGAGAGAGAAGAGAGAGAGAGAGAGAGAGAGAGAGAGAUGAGUAAGAUCUCGUCUAGAGAUCGGCUUAGAGUUAGAGAGAGAGAGAGAGAGAGAGUCUAGGAGAGAGAGAUGAGAAGGAGAGAGGCUAGACUAGAGAUUGAGUAGAGUAGAGAGAUCGAGAUCGAGAGGAGAGCUCGCGAUCUCUCCUCUUUUUUCCGCUCUCUCUGCUCUCUCUCUCUCUCUCUCUCUCCUCUUCUUCUCCCUCUCUCUUCCUCUAUAUUCUAUCUCUCUAUAGAUUCUUUCAUAGAUUAGUGAGAAUUAGGAAAGCUGUGAUCAGGCAAAAUGAGAGAUCCUGUCAGAGUUCAAAGCAAAACACAAUUAUUCUCCCUUGUAUAACUGACAAACUGCUUUGACAUGCGCGGUCUCCCAGUCCCUGCCGCUGAAAAGCAUCCCCAUAGCAUGAUGGUGCCACCACCAUGCUUCAUGGUAAGGAUGGUGUUAGACGGGUGAUGAGCUGUGCCUGGUUUUCUCCAGACAUAGCGCUUUGCAUUCAGGGCAAAGAGUUACAUUUUUGUCUCAUCACACCGCAUAAUCUUUUUCCUUAUGCUCUCAGAGUCUUUCAUGUGCGCUUUUGCAAACUCCAGGCGUGUUGUCAUGUGCCUUUUUCUCAGAAGUGGCUUCCAUCUGGCCACUCUCCCAUAAAUCCCAGAUUGGUGAAGUGCUGUAGAAACUGUUGUCAUUCUGGCAGGUUCUCCCAUCUCAGCCAAGGAACUCUGUAAUUCUGUCAGAGUGGUCAUUGGGUUCUUGGUCACCUCCCUGACCAAGGUCAUUCUUGGCCUGUUGCUCAGUUUGGUUGGACAGCCAGCUCUAGGCAGUGUCUGGGUAGUUCCCUAUUUUUUCAAUUUCCCAUUGAUGGAGACCACUGCGCUAUUGGAUACUUUCAACACUCUAGAAAAAGUUGUAUACCCUUUCCCAGAUAUAUGCCUCAUCACAAUUCUAUCUCUGAGAUCUACGGACAGUUACUUGGACUUCAUGGUAUAGUUUCUGCUCUGACAUGCAUUGUCAACUUUGGGACCUUAUAUAGACAGGUGUGUUUCUUUCUAAAUCAUGUACAAACAUUUGAAUUGGCCACAGGUGGACUUCAAUGAAGUUGUAGUGACAUCUCAAGGAUGAUCAAAGGACAUUUUAUCCAUUUUGAAUUCAGGCUGUAAAACAACAAAAUGUGGAGUAAGUCAAGGGGUAUGAAUACUUUCUGAAGGCACUGUAUGUGUUUGUCUCCCAAGACCAUAGAUAUAGAACAGACAUGUGGUCUGUGCAUAAGACUCUGAUGAGGGAGGUUUUCUAGUGUGACCAGUGGGAUGUCUGCAAAACAGUGCUGCAGUAAAACAGAUGUAUAACACUCCAAUACUAUUUCUUUACUCGCAUAAUCCUGCAGCUAUAUAGCAUACAGUUGACCAUGUCCCUGAAUGCACCCACCUGCAAACUCCCUCCUCUACAUACAGUAAAGCCCCACCUCUUCAUGGCUGCAGGGGACUCAACCUGUCUCUGGGACUGGAGACUGUGUGCCUGGGACAUUAGAGCUGACCAAUAUUAGCCACAUGGAGGCCAUCUGGCGGUGGUGUCAGGAGCCUCUGGCUGUCCAGCUUUGAUUGGUUAAUGCCAGGGUACAUAGGCCUAUCGAUUGGCUGAAUCGCUCAUUGGGAGAACCUGCAGGAGUUUGGUGGAGCUACCCAGGGCCCUCAGAAUGUCAGGGUCACUGCCUCCUUCUGUUUGGUCUUUAAAUGGGGGGCACUCAGUAUGCUGUUGUGUGGUGAACUUUAGCCAGCGAUCUUCACAAACAGUCUAAGAUGUGAUGUUGCUUUCAGUUGCUUUGUAUGAGUGGACCAUGAACACACAAAACACAUGCACGCAUGCACGCAUGCACACACACACACACACACAGACACACACACACACCCACACACACACACACACACACACACACAGCAGCCAGGAUUUAUCAUUUUUAGUGCUUUAUUAGUAGUAAUAAUAAGGAUUAUUGAGUUAUAUCUAGGCCCAGCUCAAUCAAUCCUGGCUGCUGUGAUUAACUGUCUCUCUCCAACCCCUUCAGAGUGGGGAUCCCCACUGGCCCUGCCUCAGCCUUAUGUAUUCUCUUCAUGCUCAGCUUCUACUGAAUCAUUUGACACUAUCAGCCUCUCUCAGACAGAGUGGGCUAAUUGGGGCGUGUGCUGUGAGGUUCCCACAUAGCAGCGCUCUUCAUUGGGGAGCUACACUGAACAAAAAUAUAAAUACAACAUGUCAAGUGUUGGUCCCAUGUUUCAUGAGCUGAAAUAAAAGAUCCCAGAAAUGUUCCAUUAGCACAAAAAGCUUAUUUCUCUCAAAUGUUGUGCACAAAUGUGUUUAAAUCUCUUUUAGUGAGCAUUUCUCCUUUGCCAAGAUAAUCCAUCCACCUGGCAGGUGUGGCAUAUCAAGAAGCUGAAUAAACAGCAUGAUCAUUACACAGGUGCACCUCGUGCUGGGGACAAUAAAAAAGCCACUCUAAAAUGUGCAGUUUUGUCACUCAACACAAUGUCACAGAUGUCUCAAGUUUUGAGUGAGUGUGAAAUUGGCAUGCUGACUGCAGGAAUGUCCACCAGAGCUGUUGCCAGAGAAUUUUGCCACGUGUAUGGCGUCAUGUGGGCGAGCAGUUUGCUGAUCUAAAUGUUGUGAACAGUUUGCCACAUGGUGGCGGUGGGGUUAUGGUAUGGGCAGGCAGGCAGGCAUAAACUACGGACAUCAAACCCAAUUGCAUUUUAUCGAUGGCAAUUUGAAUGCACAAAAAUGUUGUGACGAGAUCCUGAGGCCCAUUUUGUGGCCCUUUUUUAAAAUCUGUGACCAACAGAUGCACAUCUUUAUUCCCAGUCAUGUGAAAUCCAUAGAUUAGGGCCUAAUGAAUUUAUUUCAAUUGACUGAUUUCCUCAUAUGAACUGUAUCUCAGUAAAAUCAAUGAAAUUGCAUGUUGCGUUUAUACUUUUGUUCAAUAUAAUUGUGGAGGCUGUGCACAAGUUUUUAGGGUUGUGCCAGAAUCACCUGGAAUCAUGAAAAGCGUGGCCUGUUUGAAGCUGUGCUAACUGACAGAGAGACAGUGAUGAGUGGUGCCAUCCUGGGACUGGAGAGUAAUUGAGAGAUCAGUCUACACAAUACACUGUCAGCAGCAAACGGUUCUAUCCAGCUGACAAGGAGCAGAUCCACUACGGUGUAUGUAUAGUUACAGUAGAGAGGAGAGUGUAUGCGGAGCUCACUGAGGUUCUGCCCUUCCUAUUCAUUUAACAGAUGACGGCUUUUACCCCAACACUCCCCCAUCAUUAGACUGGCCUGUUGUGAGCACCACCAGAAUAUUUAAUAAGCUGCCAGUUACCAAUAAUAACUCUGAUGAUGGUGUUGCCAUGGCGAUCAACUGAUUGUGCUGCUGUAUCUUGACCCUCCAGACGAGGUGACCAUGGAGGAAGUGGGAGCUCAGCUGAGGGCGGGGGAGUUCAUCAUUAUCGUGGUGGUGCUGAUCAUGUGGGCAGGUGAGGGGUGGAAUGUUCCAAAGGUCAGAGUGCUACCUACACACUAGGGAUACAAAAUUCCAGUAAGUUUCCCCAAAUUCUCAGGUUUUCCAGAAAUGUUUGGAGGAUUCUGGAUUUCCUACUUAUUUCCUCCUGAUUCCGGGAAUCUUCCAACCAGGAUUUCUGGUUGGGGACUUACCGGAAUUUUGCAACCCUACCACACACACACACACCACAGACCACCACACAUACACCCUCAUGAGUGUAGAACAAAGGAAGGGUAUAUUUUAAACAAAUAUGGUCCACAAUGUGUAGUAAUUUGUCGUUGUAAAAUUAUUUCCGUCUGCUCUUCACUUCUGUAAUGUGGUUGUUAUUUACGAUCUGUCUGUGUGCCCUCUUCUCCUCUCUCUGUCAGGUGUGAUCGCUCUCUUCUGCCGUCAGUAUGACAUCAUCAAAGACAACGAGCCCAACAACAACAAGGACAAAGCCAAGACCUCAUCAGAAUGCAGUACUCCGGAGCACCCGACGGGGGGGCUGUUGCGCAGUAAGGUAUAACCACACCCCCCCCCGCCUCCACACUGGGUCCCCACCGGCACCGGACAGGUGAAUCGUCCCAGCGACUUAAAACCUUCCACUUCCACCCGCACCUAACAAAGUAACACACAUAGUACCAUCAGAGCUACGCCCACCCUAAAACAGAAUAUGCAUUGAUUUACUUGCAUUUUCGGCAGCACUUCAUCUUAAAAAACACAGUUAAAAUGUAAACAUGCAUCUCUCUAAGGACAUAAGCCACAACAGUGCUAUAAAUCCAAAUCCUUUAAAUCAAUGCACAGACAGCCCAUACGCUGCUGGCAUGAUUGUCCCAUGUCCAUUCGCUCCUCUCCAUCUCUCUCAACAACUGGCUGAUGCCCCCAUCUCCGAUCAAGCCAACUAGACCAAUUCUGACACUUAGAAAAGCAACACUAAAAUGAUCAAAUAAGACCAAGGCAUCCUCCCAUUCUGUCGAGGUGCUCCGUGCUCAUAGCAGAAUGAUACUUUAUUCCAGGUUUAGAGAGUGGCCUUCAUCUUUCUCAUCACUGCUGUUCCCCUUCUUCUCCUCCACAGUUCCCCAAGAACAAUAACAACAACAACCGGACGCCAUCUGUGAACAUCAUCGGGCUGUGAUGGCCAGGACCCUCUCUAAUCCAAAGGACUGAGUGUCUUCUGAACAGAGCAACCAAAAUGCCCAUCUGCUUGUUAGGGUGAAGCUGGGACUGUGGGCGCGCCCCCUCGGUCGUGCCCAGCCCUUUGGCACGGGCCUUGGUGUGAACUGGGCCCCCCGGACUCGAGGGGUCAGGCCUCAGUGGAGAGGCUCU